CUCUAGCCGCCCAGAGACCUAUAAAAAGGUCUCCUGUUCCAUUCUAAUUUAAACUUUGUAUGGACAAAAUAAAAUUUCAUUUUGCUUGGCAAAGUUUGACGUAUGGGCGGUUAGAGGUUAAGUACCAAUUGAUUACCUUAAAAUCACACUCCAAGUCUAGUCUCUUUGUUUUUCAGAAAUUAUUCCAUAACAAAACAGUAGGUAUCAUAAUUAUAUUUAACUAAAAAAAUUAAAUAUUGGUGUAUGUUUAAUUAAUAAGUACCUAUUGUACUUAUUAAUAUUAUUUAAUAUGUUCAAAUGAAAUGUAAUUUUAUAAUAAGUACAUAAUAAUUCUACUGACUACCUACAAAUCUUAAGAAACUAAAACCCGUUCUGAGCCAUACCGGGUCCAAAGGUCCCUAACACACUAGCAGCGUUACCCCGCAUCCUCAUAAGGCCCAAGGUACUACCUAUUAUACUUAUUCAGUUCGAUGAAAUUUAAACCAUAUUCAAUUUGAAUAGAGUCGCGUUUGUUUUGUUUCGUACAAUUUUCAAACAAAACCAAAAUCACCUCUAUUCCCUGCACUAUAGGUUCAAAUUUCAGUGACAAUUUCUGGAUGUUUCAUUUGUAUGGCUGGGUCUUAGGAGGGUAUGGCGAUGUUGACCGAUUGGACAAGCCUUAUUAAUUACAUUUUUGGUUUAAAAGUGUAUAAGUAGGUAAGUAGCCGGUCGAAACAUCGAAAUUAUUAAUUUAUGACCCAUUUCGUCGGGUGACAAGCAAAAGUCACUAAGUAUGUACUAUCAAAAAAUUAAACUAUGCACUUUAUUACACUUGUAACGCGGUUUAUUGUCCAAUAAUUUCAAUGGUGUUAGUUAGUGACUUUUGCUUGUCACACGAAGAUUUCGUACCUUAUCACAGUGACAAUCAAUAUGAAAGUUGCUAGAGACCUCAUACUAUUGUCACUGUCACAAAGUCUUAAAUUAAAACUUUGGGCUGUACCUGUAGAUAUUUUCAUUUUGUAGUGUGGUUUAGUUUGGAUCUUUAGUAGUUAUUAGAUUUUUAUUCCUUAGUACAAAAUAAGUAAAAUACUUUUAAGAAUACACUAAUGCUAUUUUUCCUAUAUUAGUGUUCAUUUUGUUUGAAUAGCUCAAGUUAUCUUAAUUUUUAUUUCGGUGAGACGGGAAAUAUCUUAUUGCUCAUCUUCUCUUGCUCAUAAGCCAUGUGCAUUUGUACGAGGAUAGGUACUAGCCAUGCACUGGCAUCUAAAAAUCUCGUAUAAUAGGGACACAGACAAAACAUCCUCCAGGCUGAGCAUAGUCGCGCUAUUCGUCGCCCCUUUGCCACGGUAAUUUUACUCCAUGUUUGAGUCGAAAGUGUCUUUGUGUGACGUCCGUGUCUUUGAACGGACCAAUCACGGCAUGGCACUUCGCUCACCUCGUCGCGCGCACCCCCGCAUUUUCGGCAUCAUCGGUUGCAUGAAAUAAUUGCUCUAAACUCGGUCUAGAGGAUUCCUCGUAUAUGAAUAGGGAAUAUUAUGCAAAAAUCUGCGUAGGGGGCGCCACUAGAACAAACAGAGAGGCUACCGCGAAAAACGAAAUUUUGUUAUCUGCCUUCUAUAACUCUUCAUAUUCGAGCGAUAGCAUGGCAUAUAACGAAAUGUCGGGUUUCGCGGCAGGCCCUCUGUAAACAAACCGCCUGAAUCAAUGUUAUAUUUAUUCGUAGCAAAUUAUCUGUGGAAACUUGUCAAAAAACUAUUUAAGCCACAGUAUGUAUAAGUUACUCUGCCAUAGGGGUCAUCUAUGCUAUGGUUUACGAUACGUGCUAGUGCUGCAGUCUAGCGGCAGAACAUUGCAGUAAUACACCCUAUGUAUACUUGUUUUUGCCUCUUUUAAAUAAUAAAAUAUAGGUGCCAACCAUAGAUAAGCUAGUUAAAGAUUUUAAAAUCGUAAAAGGCCCAAUGUAGAUUAGAUAGACGUAUGACAAUGGGAAAAAUUAGGACAUUUUGAAUUGAAUAAUCAAUUGGAUAAAUAAAUAAAUUGUAAUUAAAGAAAUUGCCUUAUAACCUAUUAAGCUUCCUCUUCCAAAUCUAUACUAACUAGGUAUAUUAUAUAUAAACAUAUAGUUAAGUAGAAUAUCGUAAAAUGCUGUAAUGCCAUUAAUCUCAAGCCAUUUAAUGAAUCCGUCGCUUAGAUCUGUAAACGAAUCUUAUUGUGUAUCACAAUUUAUGAAAUGCAUAAUGUUAUUAUAUAAUUAGAUGAUUUUUAUAACUUGCUGGGAGUACUAUUUAAGGUAGUUUUAAGGUAGAUAGUGAAGCCAAAUUGUUCUGAACAAGUCAUGGAUUCAAGUCUUUAAGCCUCAUUUAGACGGUUUAAGAGCUUGCAUGCGAUUUUCAUUACAUUGCGGUAUUUGGUCGAUCGACUGGAUUCAUUGUACUCUGUAAAUAGCAAUGUACCUACAGACGUAGUGCAUAAUUUUUUUUCAUUGUAUUUUCAAGGAAACGUACAAACAUGCCUUGCUAUUUCAGUCAGUCUUGGUACAGUCUACGUCCAAAAUAUGUUUACACUUUUGCACCUUACCCCUUUGUAAUAAGGCGAAAAAUGUAAACAUAUCUUUGACGUCGACUGUACAAAAAGUAGGUACUGAGGUAGACUGAAGUAAACAAUUAUGCACUACAUCUGUAUUAGGAAAUGCAAAUCGGUUAUUUUUUGUAUGGAAAUAACCGCGGUUUCGGUUAAUAACCGAUUAUUUCCAUACAAAAAAUAACCGAUUUGCAUUCCCUAAUCUGUAUGUACCUAUCUAUAAGUACUAUCUAUAGUUAGUCAAACCAAUUUGUCCUUUUCUUUUGGGUGCUAGUACUUUCUGUCUAUGACUGAAAUGAGACAGUCCUUUGACAAACUAUAGUGUUGCAUGCAAGUCCUUGAACUGUCUAAAUUGGUCUUUAAAUAAACAGACACAAUAUAUAUUAUGUUUGCUACUAUAGAGUAGAAUGAGGAAUGAGAAAAAUAUGAUGACGAUGCAAUGUACUAAUGACUACAAUUUUAUGCGAUUAAAUACUUGCUAAACGACUAUGGUCACGUUCAAUGCCUCCAAAACGCAGGCGUGUCUAUUUUCCGCUAAACGGAGUCCAUUCGACCUGACUCCUUCUUUCCGGGGUGCAUCUGUACCUAUUGCCGACAGCCUGGAACUCCUCGGCAUGGAGCUGAGUUCAGUCCUCGGCUUCGGCAGCUUCAUUGAGUCUAAAGCACAAACUGCGGCCAGAAAGCUGGGCGUCCUAAAUAAGGUGAAGCGAUACUUCACACCUGGACAGCUUCUAACACUUUACAAAGCUCAAGUCCGGUCGUGUAUGGAGUAUUGCAGCCACCUGUGGGAUGGCUCAGCUAAAUACCAACUCGCCGCUUUGGACUCAGUGGAGCGCAGAGCCAGGAGGAUGAUUGGCGACAAGAAGCUAACGGCUAAGCUUCAGACUUUGGCCCAUCGGCGGAAAGUCGCCAGCCUGUCGGUAUUCUACAGGUUGCACUUCGGGGAGUGUGCCCAAGAGCUACACGAGCUCAUUCCACCGUCCCCAUUCUACCAUCGGACUUUUAGACGCACGGCCGGUUUCCAUCCUUACUUGGUAGAUAUUCCGCCAAUUCGCACUAAGCGCUUUGCUUCUACUUUCCUUAUGCGCACUGCCAAGGAAUGGAAUUCCUUGCCGGCGUCUAUAUUUCCGUGCUCUUAUAACCCGGCAACCUUCAAAUCAAGAGUGAACAGGCACCUUCUGGGCGAGCUCUUAGGACGUUAA